CUCUCUCUCUCUCUCUCUCUCUCUUUCAUUCACUUUGAGUUUGACCCGUUGCCAGCCACCGGCAGCAAUUUUCUCUCUACUCGAAUGGCGACCCCACCUUGCACUCUCUCUUGAGGAUCUUCUAAUGUUGAGCCCUCUUUUUCUGAGCAGAAAAGGUUAAAUAACCUUUCAUCUCUCUCUCUCUCCUACUCUGAAACCCUAGUUCACAACAUAUAGGAAAAGCUAGAAAGCUAGAAAAAGAAAAGCAAUUAAGAUCAAGAGAUCCUCUCUCAUAUCUAAUACCCUUCUCCCUUCAUCUCCAACGAUCAUAACUAAGAUCUGUAUGCAUAUUCUCUCUUCUUUUUAUAGCAACUUUUGCUUCAAGUGAAAGACAAGGAAAAGAUUUCCUUCCAUUUCAGAUCCACGCUUCAAAAGAUAUGGCCUUUGUCUUAAAGCUGCUCUAGAAGAAAUCCAUCUCUCUUCUGGUCUUCGCACUACAUUUCCAGGUUCCUUUAUUUGCUAUCUUUCACUGAUUUUACUUCAUUUUCAAGCUAUAGCUAUGGAUUCUGGUAAUAGUGGAAGUAUGCAAUCUUCUAGCGGUGGUGAAGAAGAGUAUGAUUCACGGGCAGAGUCAUCUGCCCCAGCCUUCUUUAAUAAUAUGCCUCCUACCCACUACGGCUCCAUGUCAAACCCACGCCCUUCGUUCUUUCAUCAACACCAAAACCACCAGGCCAAUUUGUUUGAUCUUUCCUCUAAUUAUCUCCAUCCUUUCUCUCAACCUCAACCAAAUUCAAAUCCCAAUUCCACCGACCUCGGGAACCUACCUCUGGACUCUUCAUCAUUCAGUUUGAAUAGAUUAUCCAGCUCGGUGAGGAGUUCGAGCCCGGCUGCUCCCGAACUUAACCAGGGUUCGAUACGGCCAGGCCACGACAAUGGUGCACGAGCUACAGCGCAACGCAACACCAAGAAGCGAACUAGAGCGACAAGGCGAGCACCCACGACUGUUCUCACCACGGACACAUCGAAUUUCAGGGCAAUGGUGCAAGAAUUCACCGGGAUUCCCUCGCCGCCUUUUUCCGGCUCGCCCUACUCCCGCCGGCUUGAUCUCUUCGGCACUAGCUCAGCCUUGCGGUCGGGAACUUUUUACCCUUUACGACGUCCUUCUGCUGAAAAGGUCCAGCCAUCACCAUUUGUCAUGUCUUCCUCCUCUUCUUCUUCUACUUCGAUGUUCAACCAUACCAUGGUCGUUGAUGGUACAAAUGUUGCUAAUUCAACCUUAAAUAACUACCACCAAGUCCCAUCUAAUCUAGGCCAGAUUCCCCGACAGCCUCAAAGUAUGUUAAACAUGCAAAACCCAAAUAUUCUCACAUUCCAGUCUCUUCCGCAGCCACAUAUUCCCGGAUUUGGUGCACCGUCUCCGGGAAGUCUAGCCCUGCCAUCCCUUGAGGAAUUAGGUAUGAGCCACGGACAUGCCAAUCUGAACCUUGGUGGGCUACCAAAUCAUGGAGCUGGAUUAAACGACGGGAGAUCAAGUCAGGAGCAUUUGAGGCCGUUGGAUGGGAAUUAUGGGAAUUCGCCGCGCGUCGGUGGCUGUAAGUUGAAUUAUUCAGCAUCUUCAUCAUCGGAUUUUAACGUCCAUGACAAGUCUUUGGAGAAUGUGUCUGGUAGGGGUGAAGGUACGGUUGAUUCAUGGCUUUGUCAUUCUGGUUAACUCAAAUAAUGAUCAAAGCUAGAAAUACGUACUACAUUAUGAAGAGGGUUUUGCCGCAGCCAUAGAAGCCAGUGGCGGCAGCGCCGGUGGUGGUGGUGGUGAUGAAUAUUUUAGCUUGUUAUAAAUAUUAUCCCCUGAGCGAGUAGUCACCACGCCUCAGCCUGUUGGCCACUUUUCGGCAUCAUCAUGUUAUCUGUUUUAUAUAUGUUUCUUUUCUUUUUCAUAUUAAACAAUGAAUAAGUAAUUAGUCAAAAAUGUGAGGCGUCAUUUUAUUUUAUAUAUAUAUAUAUAUCGUGAUAUAUUAAUA